AUGAGCUUUCCAGGCUAUCCCCCUCCGGUGGGCGGCUACCCGGCAGCCCCAGGUGGUAAUGCCUGGGGGGGCAGCCCGUACCCCCCCACCAACAUGCCCCCGAUCGGGCUGGACAACGUGGCCAACUACGCCGGACAGUUCAACCAGGACUAUCUUUUGGGGAUGGCUUCAAACAUGGCCCGGACAUUUGGAGGCGGGAACAUGCCAAAUAUGUAUCCUGGAGCCCCUGGAGGUUUUUCUCCCAUUCCUCCCGGGAGUUUUGGGCAGCCCCCUCCUGCCCAGCAGCCAGUCCCGGCUUAUGGAAUGUACCCGCCUCCGGGAGGAAAACCGCCUUCAGGAAUGCCAGCAUACCCGGGAUACCCCGGAGGCCCUAUGCCAGGCCAGCCCAUGCCUCCUCCUACACAGCAGGCUCCAGGGGCCUAUCCCGGCCAGCCACCCAUGACCUAUCCGGACCAACAACCGAUGCCACCGCCGUGCCAGCAGCCAAUGCUACCUCCUGGGCAACAGCAGCCCAGCUACCCUGCAUACUCGGGCUCCGUCACCCCGGCCGUCCCUCCAGCCAAGUUUGGGAAUUGCGGCACUAUCACAGAUACUCCAGGCUUUGAUCCUGUGAGGGAUGCUAAAGUCCUGCGGAAAGCCAUGAAAGGGUUUGGGACCGAUGAAGAUGCCAUCAUUGAAUGCCUUACAAGGCGCUCCAACAAGCAGAGGCAGCAGAUUCUUCUUUCCUUCAAAACAGCCUAUGGGAAGGACCUGAUCAAAAAUCUCAAAUCAGAACUCUCAGGGAAUUUUGAGAAGACCAUCCUGGCUUUGAUAAAAUUAAUUUAUUUACUCCUACCCCACGGGAAGUCCCAGGAGGAGUACCUCUCACUUAAGGGCAAUGCUUUGCUGCCAGCUCCCACCUCCAAACUCGCUUUUAAUCCCACCUCUCCAAGAUUGAGUCUCCAGCGAGGCUGGGCUCUGGAGCUGGGCGCCCGCCAACGACAUCAUGAAUGUAUUAACACGUUAGAUAUUACACCUUCAUCUGUGCAGCCACAUCUCUCAAGACACCUCGGGGAUCUUGGGGAAUCGCUCCGCUCGUUUAAGGAGCAAACUGAAACAGCCCACAGAUUUUCAGGGCAAGGCCGAGCUGUGAGGAGGUCCUCCUCCCGGCUGGCGCUCCCCAAGGAUUGGGCUGGGGACACGACCCGGGCUCAUUUACACGGCAAGGAAUAUGUUCCAAACUGGGGGAAAUUUAUAUGA